UCUCGUAGUUCUAAGUUGAUUAAGUGCCAUUUUUUCAGCAAUAGCUGCGCCUGCAGUGUAACAAACAUACCUGAAAGGUUUCAUUCUUCUGGUUGUAGAUGGAUGGUGAUAGCUCCACAACGGAUGCUUCUCAGUUAGGAAUUGCUGGGGAUUACAUUGGUGGCAGUCACUAUGUGAUACAGCCUCACGAUGACACAGAGGACAGCAUCAAUGAUCACGAAGAUACAAAUGGCUCAAAAGAGAGUUUUAGAGAACAAGAUAUAUAUCUUCCAAUUGCAAAUGUGGCGAGGAUAAUGAAGAAUGCCAUACCCCAAACAGGAAAGAUUGCUAAGGAUGCAAAGGAAUGCGUGCAAGAGUGUGUAAGUGAAUUCAUCAGCUUUAUAACGUCAGAAGCAAGUGAGAGGUGUCAUCAAGAGAAAAGAAAGACCAUCAAUGGAGAGGAUAUUCUCUUUGCCAUGUCUACCUUAGGAUUUGAUAGCUAUGUUGAACCGCUGAAGUUAUACCUCCAAAAAUUCAGAGAGGCAAUGAAAGGGGAAAAGGGAAUUGGGGGAACAGUGACAACUGGAGAUGGUCUAAGUGAGGAGCUCACAGAGGAAGCGUUUACCAACCAGUUGCCAGCGGGCUUAAUAACUACAGACGGCCAACAGCAGAAUGUCAUGGUCUACACGACAUCGUACCAACAGAUCUCCGGUGUUCAACAAAUCCAGUUCUCAUGAUUUGAAGAAAACUUCGGAUCUGGGAACACAAGACGGAAAAGCUGUGCGACUCUAACGAAGAGGCAGUUUUAGUGACUGGUGAAGAGAUUUAUCUCUUUGUAUAUUAAAUAGCUGUAAUGUAGCUACCUGAAGCUUGACUAAUUGAGGUGUGAGUUCUGACUCCAAUCUUUUUCAUGAUGAUUUAAAAAAAAUUUAAAAAAAAACACAACAAAAAAAAUUUGGGUUUUAAAGGUAUUAAAGUAUUUUUGUUUUGUACAAGAGUUUGUUGCUCUGUAUAACUCCUGUAUGCAUUGUAUAUUGCAAUUUAUUACUGUCAGAGAUUUGUAGACAGUUUCUUAUUUUCAUAUUGAAUCAUGUUACUUUUGUAAUUCAGGUAAACAGCUGGGUUAAUUCAUGUCCACCCUUUGAAUAAAAUGGUAAGGGUAAAGUUCGUUUCGGAAUGCAAGUUGCCUUUAUUAUAAAGAUUGAGUCGGUCUUGGUUAUGUAACUUGUCUUGCAUGACAGCCUCAACUAACGUGACGUGUCGGCGUAGUCAUUGACGUGUUGAAAGGGACUUUUUCCUCGUGAGACUAGCAGCUCAGAAGAAUUGCCUCAACUGAGCGGGUUUUUUUGAUGUAACUUCAGAAUUAAAAGUUAAGCAAAACCAACCAGGGCUCUGCCACAUCUGGAGGCCGAGGGGGUAGCGGCAGCGGUGACGAAAACACUGGUGG